GCGAAACCGGAAGUUAAACUCCUCCUCGACGUUUCCCCGCAAUUCGUCCAUUUUCACGUAAAUCGCACAUGGUGAUACACAAAAUCUACAUUUUACACCGAUUUAGCGUCGACUAACACACACUUCUUUCGCCUGUUAAAUGCACGACACGGAGGAUAUGCCAGUUGAUGUCGAUUUCGACGAGGAGGAACCGUCGUUCAGUGACCCAGAAGACUUUGAAGAUGAUGUCGACGAUGAAGAGUUACUGGGUGACCUGCUGCGGGAGAAGCCCCAGGAGGCAGACGGGAUAGACUCUGUGGUUGUCGUGGACAAUGUGCCCCAGGUCGGCCCCGAGCGCCUGGAGAAACUGAAGAACGUCAUCCACAAGAUAUUCUCCAAGUUCGGCAAGAUCACCAACGAGUUCUACCCGACGGUAGACGGACCUGAAGGACUCACGAAGGGGUACAUCUUCCUGGAGUAUGGGGCUCCCACUCAGGCUCUGGAGGCAGUGAAGAACGCUGACGGCUACAAGCUGGACAAGCAGCACACCUUCAGAGUCAAUGUGUUCACCGACUUCGACAAGUACAUGAGCAUCAGCGACGAGUGGGAGACUCCUGAGAAGCAGCCCUUCAAGGACUUUGGUAACAUGCGUCACUGGAUGGAGGACCCUGACUGUCGUGACCAGUACAGCGUCAUCUACGAAUCAGGAGAGAGGACCGCCAUCUUCAACAACGACGCCAAGGAUCCGAUCGUCUCCGAGGAGAGGGCGCGCUGGACAGAGACCUAUGUGCGCUGGUCUCCCAAGGGAACCUACCUGGCCACGUUCCACCAGCGAGGCAUUGCAUUGUGGGGCGGAGAGAAGUUCAAGCAGAUCCAGCGUUUCAGCCACCAGGGAGUGUCUCUGAUCGACUUCUCCCCCUGCGAGAGGUACGUGGUGACGUUCAGUCCCCUGAUGGACACUAAGGAGGACCCCCAGGCCAUCAUCAUCUGGGACAUUCUGACUGGCCAGAAGAAGAGAGGCUUCCACUGUGAGAGCUCCGCCCACUGGCCCAUCUUCAAGUGGAGUCACGAUGGGAAGUUCUUUGCCAGGAUGACCCAGGACACACUGAGCAUCUACGAGACCCCAUCCAUGGGCCUGUUGGAUAAGAAGAGUCUGAAGAUCAGUGGCAUCAAGGACUUCUCCUGGUCCCCAGGCGAUAACAUCAUAGCGUUCUGGGUCCCCGAGGACAAAGACAUCCCAGCCAGAGUGACUCUGAUGCAGCUUCCCUCCAGGCAGGAGAUCAGAGUUAGGAACCUCUUCAACGUGGUGGACUGUAAACUUCACUGGCAGAGACAGGGAGACUACCUCUGUGUCAAGGUGGACCGGACACCUAAAGGAACUCAGGGUGUGGUGACCAACUUUGAGAUCUUCAGGAUGAGAGAGAAGCAGGUUCCUGUUGACGUGGUGGAGAUGAAGGGAGACCCGGAAUCUAAAACUGCGGAGAGCAUCAUAGCGUUUCGUUUGUCGUGGGAGCCCAAUGUCAGUAAGUUCGCCGUCCUGCACGGUGAAUCGCCCAGAAUCAACGCCUCGUUCUACCACUCUGUAAUGUCUGUGAACAACGGGAAGAUCGAACUCAUCAAGAUGUUUGACAAGCAGCAAGCCAACAGCAUCUUCUGGAGUCCUCAGGGACAGUUCAUGGUGCUGGCUGGACUCAGGAGUAUGAACGGGGCUCUGGCGUUUGUGGACACCUCUGACUGCACCAUGAUGAACAUGGUUGAACACUACAUGGCCUCUGACGUAGAGUGGGACCCUACGGGACGAUACCUGGUGACCUCUGUGUCCUGGUGGAGUCACAAGGUGGACAAUGCCUAUUGGCUGUGGACCUUCCAGGGGCGUCUCCUCCAGAAGAACAACAAGGAUCGUUUCUGUCAGCUACUCUGGAGACCUCGGCCUGCUACCCUGCUCACACAGGACUCCAUCAAGGUGAUCAAGAAGGACCUGAAGAAGUACUCUAAGAUCUUUGAGCAGAAGGAUCGUCUGAGCCAGUCGAAGGCCUCCAGGGAGCUCGUGGACAAGAGGAGGAGCAUGAUGGAGGACUACCGUACCUACCGAGAGGCUGCCCUGCAGCAGCACCACGAACAGAAGACCGCCCGCCUGCAGCUCCGAGGAGGAGUGGACACUGAUGAGCUGGACAGUAACACAGAUGACUGGGAGGAGGAGACCAUUGAGUUUUUUAUCAACGAAGAAAUCAUUCCCCUCGGAGAGUAGUCCCCUACGCAGGUCCAUUUUUGCGUGGGGACUAGAGGGGGGGGGCGUUGCCUUGUCAACUGGAGGAGGGAAAACUACGCUGAGAAUCUUGGGAGUCGCCAGAGUUCCACCAUUCUCUCUUUGUGACAUCAUCAAAGCGUGCCUUGUGGUAUAGCGACUACAGCAAGCUAACAACUGAGGGAGGAGGGAGGAGGGAGGAAACCAACUUUUAAACUUUUUUUUUUUUUUUUCAUCACCUUGGUCUUUUUCUGGCACUUUUUGAAAUAGAACAAUACUGUUGUUUUUUUUUUUUCUCAUAAUCUAUCCUCACUCACUCACUUUCUAUCCUUCUUAUCUUGACUACACACCCCCCUUUGCAGUCUUUAACCGUCGUUACCGUGGCAACGGUCACACCUUACCAUAAAGAGACGGAGACCGUUGCACCGCCCCCGGGAGGGAUGAGGACUGGGUGUGUGACGUGGCAGUAUGUGUGUGAGGCCAGAGAGAGUGUUCUCCUGAUGACCAAACGUUCAAGGCUGUGUUGUAGUAGUAGUGUGUUGAAGUGGCAGUAUCCUCCUCCGUUUAGACUACCUGACGUUGUUGUUGUUGUUAUCAUACUAGACCACAACUAUCACAUGAUCUUCGACGUCAAUAAAGAUAAACGUCAUUCAAAUCA